AAUUUGCUUUCUAACAUCUUCGAUCACAUUUUUAGUUCUCAAAACUUUCUCUCAUAUUCUUUCUUCUUUCUCUGUUUGCCUUUCUCCUCCAACUUUAGGAUAUUCUAUACUUAACUUUUGUGACCUGCUUUUUCUUCUUUUCUCUCUCCUCCAUUUCUCCUUUCUAAUUUCAAAGCAAUAAGUACUCCAAAGUAUAUACACUUUGAUGUUUCCAUCUUAUGUCUCUUCACUUUCUUCAACCAUGACUUCCCCCCUUUCUAUAAGUGUUUCUGCAUUCUCAGACACCAAGAACCGCUUGUAUCUGUACAAAAUUCUCAUUGGAGUGUCUCUGAUUUGCUUCACUUACUUCAUUGGAAGUGCUUUAAUUGCCAAGGAUUACAGAGAAGGCCUCAACCAUCAGCCUAAGCUUUUGGUUGAGUUGGUCCUUUGACAUGGUAUCAAGAGCCAGCGUGACAAAAAGGUCACGGGUUCGAAUCUCAUCACUCGUCCUUUCUCAGUGGAAUAUUUAGCGCCAGAAAAUAUCAAGAUGGCCAAUGGAAAUGAUGGGGACUGCACAUCAACCAAAACCCAAUUUUUGUAAGAACCAAUGUAGGCCCCGAGGAAGUGAGGCAUUGCCAGAGGGAAUUGUUGUCCAGACAUCCAACUUUGAAAUGCGACCCUUAUGGGAUUCCGAUUUAGCCAAGGAGAAAUUGAAGCCUUCUUUGAAUUUGUUGGCAAUGGCAGUGGGAAUGAAGCAAAAGGAGAUAGUCGAUAAAAUGGUUGAGAAGUUUCUAUCCAACGGCUUUGUCGUAAUGCUCUUUCAUUAUGAUGGCAAUGUGGACGAAUGGAGUGCUCUAGAGUGGAAUGAUCGUGUGAUACAUGUUUCUGCUAAGAAUCAAACGAAAUGGUGGUUUGCCAAGCGUUUCUUACAUCCAGAUGUAGUGGCAGACUAUGACUAUAUUUUUCUUUGGGAUGAGGAUCUUGGUGUUGAAAAUUUCAGUCCACAAAGGUACAUCAGCAUUAUUAAAAGUGAAGGACUAGAGAUAUCACAACCAGCACUUGAUCCUAUUAAGUCUGUGGUUCAUCAACCUAUCACUGCCCGCCAGAAGUAUGCAAGAGUGCACAGAAGGUAUUACAAAUCAAAAGGCAGUGGAAGGUGUGAUGAAAAUAGCAGAGCUCCUCCAUGCACAGGCUGGGUGGAAAUGAUGGCACCAGCCUUCUCCAAAGCGGCCUGGCAAUGUGUAUGGUACAUGAUCCAGAAUGAUCUGAUUCAUGCUUGGGGAUUGGAUAGACAGCUUGGUUAUUGUGCACAGGGUGAUAGAGUGAAGAAUGUUGGUGUUGUGGAUUCUGAAUACAUAGUUCAUCUUGGACUUCCAACACUUGGUGUCAUGGAUGGAUAUAAGGAAUCACCUGAGCCACUAAGAGUUGAUAAUAGAUCUGCUGUUAGGAGACAGUCAUUCAUUGAAAUGCAGAUAUUUAGUCAAAGAUGGAAUGAUGCAGUGAAGAACGACAAAUGCUGGAUUGAUCUGUACAAACAAACUAAUCAACAAAGUAACGCAUGAAUCAAUUUUGAGUUGCGUAUUGAUCAUACAAUUACAGAUGGCCAACAAAGCUACAAAAUUAUACAUACAGUUGUACAGAAGAAUCGACCACUGAUACACUGUACAAAUGCACCAGGAUACAUUUUUGUAUUGCGCCAGCGUUUCGCCUAUCUUGGGUCAUGCCUUUGUGUCUGUACAUAUAAUUACUCAGGCAUGCACAUUAUAUCUAGACAGUGUGGUAUGUAUCUAGAUAAUUUUUUGUAUCCCAAAUUUCUUAUGAUUCUUUCUGGUUUUGAAAUAUGUAAGCCACAAUCUCUUUUAUAUUACAAAGAUAUUUAUUUUCUUGUAA